UCACGAGUCGGACGGCGCUACACUGCAAGAGAGGGGCUUCACAGGGAGAAAUACAGUCGGCAUAUAAUGGAAAGUGAACAGGUUGGCGUGUUCGCCCUAUAAGUUGAGGACCGUCCGAGUGAAUUCGACUAUUUAAUGGAGUUUCAAGUCGAGCGUGUGUGAUUGACGCGUCCGUACAGAUGCUGGCCGCUCCGGUCGCGCCGGGGGAAGGAGAGGCUUUGACAUCGUUAGAUUUGUUGUUAUUAUAAUCAGCUGACCGGUGCUGAAAUCGCUCCGUUUGCUGUUUUCUAAAAAGCGGCGAUGAGCGCUUGUCAGGACAAAACGUCUUUGAGUUGUUCGCAAAGCAGGGAAAAUGUCAGCGGCGGUGAAUGGGGAAGGAUGGAGGAUGCGUGCGCGUCCUGCUUUGACGAACCCACGGGCGACGCGAUACGCGCCGGGAUGGAUGCGGUGCAGCCGGGCAUAGACGGACAUCUGCCGCUGCCCCGAGGCCAACGAGGACUGAUGCUAGGCCUGGUGGAAGAGGGUUUCGCCGCCUACAAUGGCCGUCUCGGUUCUGAUCCGGACUCCGAUUAUCUCGACAUCCCCAGCGACCCGAACUACAGCGAAAGUAACGGGAACGUCGCCACGAAAAAGCGCAGCCGCUCCAACAGCUCGCGGCACCGCGGGGAAGUUGUCACGGAACUCGGACCCGAAGAGGUGCGCUGGUUCUACAAAGAGGACAAGAGGACCUGGAAGCCGUUUGUUGGACACGAUUCUUUGAACAUCGAGUUGGCGUAUCGCAAAUUCUGCGAACUUAAUCCGAACGAGGUCAGACGGAGGGAUGCGGGUGAAGAAGCAGAGAAUUUAUUCGAGUCACCGUCAGGAUGCGAAGCACCUGCGGUCCGAAGCCAGUCGGCGGCGGCGGUGGCAGCGCAACCGGUACCCGAGAGCGCGGAUGCUGGAUGCUCAACAGACGAGACGGAGCUGGAUUCAGAGAGCAUCAACGUGGACGCAGUGUGCGUCCGCGGAGGACUCUACGAGGUGGACAUCAAAAAGAAAGACUGUUAUCCUGUAUACUGGAACCGUGAAAUGAGGGAUUUGGAAGAUACGCUUCGGCAUUUACAAACCUCAUCCUCAAAACCCUUUCCAGCCCUGAAAUUCAAGGUGGAGAACUUCUUCUGCAUGGGAUCUCCUCUGGCUGUGUUUUUGGCUUUGCGAGGGGUCCGUCCUGGAACCAACGGAACACAGGACCACUUCCUCCCCAAAUCCAUCUGCCAGAGGCUUUUCAACAUCUUUCAUCCCACGGAUCCUGUAGCAUACAGGUUGGAGCCUCUCAUCCUGAAGCAUUAUAGUAAUAUAUCACCUGUCCAGAUUCACUGGUACAACACCAGCAGCCCCACACCGUAUGACCAGAUCCGUCCCACUCUACUUAAUCCGUCAAAGGAAAGUGCUUCUGUGUCCGAUACGGAGAGCCUCCCGAGUCCCUGCACCUCCCCUCCACAGCCCCGCAGACACUACGGCGAGUCUAUCACCAGCCUGGGCAAGGCCAGCAUUAUGGGAGCGGCAAGUAUAGGUAAAGGCAUUGGCGGUAUCCUCUUCUCCAGAUUUUCCCGCUCUAGUGGACAGGUGUGUGGUGUGGAGGAGGAGCCAUCAGACUCUGAAGGCGGGGCUUGUGAGAAAGGGGAUGAGUGUCGGCCUGUAGAGUUAGACGAUAAACUGGAGGAGAAGACAGAGGAGAAAAUUGAGGAGAAGACAGGAGACACCAGCAUGUCACAAUCAGCCUCUACCAUUAUGGAUAACUCCUCCUUGGAGCUUGAGAAACGCAUCGACUUUGAGCUGAGGGAGGGUCUGGUGGAGAGCCGCUACUGGUCAGCGGUGACGUCGCACACAGCCUAUUGGUGCUCCCACGAUGUGGCUCUGUUUCUGUUAACAUUCAUGUACAGGCCAAAUGAAACGAAUGACAUGCCAGAGGACAACCCCGAAUCAUAACAAACACGCAUAUGAACUCUGACACAGCACCACCCUCGAUCGCUCCCUUAAUAUAGUUUAGCAGACCUUGUUCACUGUGCAUCAGAGAUCCUGUCCUUGCCUUGUUUUCCCUCCAUUUAGAAGCACAUCCAUGGAAGAGACUUACUCUCUCCACUACAUCCUCCCCAAUUAGGAUUGGAAAUUCUGACCAUUCCCACCUUGCAGCGGUCUCUUCAUAUUGACUGAUGUGUAUUGACAUUGUUGUGGUUGUAUAGUGAAUUGGAGGUUCACGAUCAGAAGGGUUUUCUGAGAAGUACGUUUUCUUGCCUAAAAAGAAUAGUUUUGAAGACUUUUAUAAUUUAAGCAUAAAUAUUAUGUUUAUAUUAUUUAGAUGAUAAAACACAAUCUGUAUCACUCCUAAAAGUGGCCAAAUUUUGAGUAGUUAAUUUGAAGAGAAUAACCAUUAGUAAACGUGGUUCAGCCAAAAAUAUCAAUUCUAUUAUUAUUUAUUCACCCUCAUGUUGUUCCAAAUUCAUGUGAUUUUCUUAUGUCAGUGGAACACAAACGGAGAUAUUUUGAAGAAUUGUACUAGCUGUUGUUUACACAUUA